AACACCUCGCAGACUGCAGCAUGAAACUCAUUAUUUAAGUUCAGUGUUUGAACACAUGAAUCUAAAAACGUCAGAGCUUUGGUUUCAUCACCAAAGAGAUGGAAACACUGCGUUCACAUACGCUCUGAUUCUGUGGUUCUUUGUUCCUAUGCUUUUGAAUGCAUCCCCGAUUGCACAGUCCAGUAUUCAGCUGACAUUCAGACUGAGACACCAUCACAUUUAAAACAAAACUUAAAGAAGAUUCAGAGUCUCGGUUUUUGUAGUUUCAACUUUUCAGAAGGAAGAAACUUUGUGUGCUUCGCAGCACCCAGGUUACUGAUUCCUUCAGUGACUGCGGCGAUUCAUAGUUCUGAUACACUGAUGUACUCAGUCAUGAAGUGAAUGUUUCAAAUACAGAAAGUAAUACUUCAUAUUGAGGGUACAUUUACUAGCAGUCAGCUACUAGAGUAACAAACAUUAACAUAUCGGUCAACUAAUGUGAACAUUUAAAACUUUACAUAUUAAUUAAGGUACUAACUGGUAUUAUAGCAUUUAAUUUGCUUCAUGUAGACAUUAUUCCUAACCUGUAAAUGAUUGUGUUAUUCAAUGAUUUGCCUUUGUGAAACUGAAAACAUGUCUAUGUUAAUAGUGAUGAUGAAUAAGCAAUAGUUAAUCUAUUUUAUUAUGAACAGCUGAAAAUCAUUUAAUCAUGACAACCAUCUGCUAUGAACACGAUUCAUUAAAAUUACAAAAAAUGAAGACUCUGUGCUAAAUGAAUAUGCAAUUCUUUUGUUUUGAAAAUGUAGCAGUUUUAUCAGAGAGAAAUCUUGACAAACUGAUUUUAUUAUAUGUGUACCCUCAUUGUAAAGUACUACUACUACUCACAGCAGUACCUCUGACAGAAUUUGUGGUGAACAGAAUAAAUGGAGGAACAUUUCUAUUCACCGACUCGACUCAAACUCUCGAUUGGUUCAUCAACCAUCAGAUGAGUCUUCGUCUGACGCUUACGAACAGCACAUUUAAACUCAGUCAGCUUUUGUUUGCUAAUUUAAAUUUAACUUUUCAGGAACAGUUUUUAUUCAUUUCUGUCAGACAAAAGAAAUCUGUCACAGACUGAAAGGUGAGUCUACCUGAAUGAACCUGCCGGGACUUGCCUGUUCUGGUCCAGGUCUCUGCCUCUGUGGUCUGGAUCAGACUCUUGGCAGUUUGAUGACUCACACAGGUAGACGACUUCUGAUUGGCUGAUCUUUGCAGGUUACCUGUACUUGACUGAGGCUGCCGGCUCAUGCAGCACACCUGAAGCAUCUUAGUCCAGCUCAGGCAAGACCAGUACCAGGACCACGACCAACAUCACCUGUAGAACUUCGGCUAAAACAGAGGACUGUUUCAGAACCUCAACCACCUGAAGGACCAGGACUACUUAAGGACCCACUGAAAACCAGGACCAGCUGACAUCCGGACCAGAACCAUGAUGCUGCCUUCAUUCCUCCUCAUUCUCUUGCAGGUCUGCAGCCUCCAGCUGAUGGUGGCUGCCAGACCAUCCUGUAGGCUGCGGGCAGACCUCGUCCAGUCUGCCCACCAACUGCUCCUAGACCUGGGGGGAGACUUUCCUGUCCGCUGCCUGCCAUACAAUGCCAACAUCUCGUUUCCUGUCUCCAUCUUCUCUCCUGCUGCAGUCAAUCAGCCUCAGUGCUGCCGAGCAUUAUGGGUGGUGUAUGAGUCAAUGCAGAAGGCGGAGACCAUUUUUCUGAAUAAUGAGCUACCUGUUGGAGAGGGUGGAGUUACCUGGGAUAAUAAGACACUUGAUGACUUCCAAAACAUGCAGGACCAAUUGGUGGAGGAAGGAAAAUAUCUGGCCAGUAUUGACAAUUCAGGUGCUUUAACUCCUUACUUUCACAAUCUGACUGCAGUUCUGCAGCAGCAGGAUGGCGCUUCCUGUGGCUGGAUGGCUUUGAGGAGAGAUCUGAUCAGGGUCCUAAAGUCUGCCCUGCACAAUCACCGUGCUUGUUUGACCUGGAGACACGCCCACUGAUGACAUGAGGCCACGCCCGCUGGCAGCACGAGAUCACGCCAGUAUCAAAUUAUGCUGAUUGACUGUAUUUAUAAAUAUAUUUAUUUACCUAUCUAAUUAUUUAUUCGAUUAUUUAUUAAAUUUUUAUGUCAUUUAUUAAUAUUUUCACAUUUAUAUUUUGACACUUGAUUUUAUGUAUUUAUAUUUUUCUUACUUUAAAUUCUGCUGUAAUGUUUUUAUUUUUGUUCUGUUGUCUCACUGUUAAUUUUAAUCAGAUUAAAGCAUCAAGAAAAGUUUCUGCCAGUUGAACUUCACUUUGACAUCCCCCCAACACACA